UGACGGCGCCCCGGUGCCCCGGUGUCCCGGUGCCGGCCAUGCUGCGCCUCGGCCGCUGCCUGCCGGGCCUCGGCCCGCUCUGCCUCGCCGGCAGCCGCGGCAGCUUCGCCCGGUCCCGGCUGCCGGCCGGUGAGCGCGGAGCCCUGUCCCGGCAGGUGCGGGCGGCGGCGGCGGGCGGCGAGCGGCUGCCGGUGCUGAAGACACCCAAGGGCACCCGCGACCACCCGCCGGCGCAGGCGGCGCUCCGUGAGCGGCUGGUGAGCGCCGUGGUGUCCUGCUUCAAGCGGCACGGCGCGGCCGCCAUCGACACCCCCGCGCUGGAGCUGCGGGUGAGGCGCGCCCGGAGCUCCCUUCGCCCUUGGGAGACGCUGGUGGGGAAGUAUGGGGAGGGAGCGAAGCUCAUCUACGAGCUGCAGGACCAGGGAGGGGAGCUGCUGGCCCUGCGCUACGACCUCACCGUGCCCUUUGCCCGCUACCUGGCCAUGAACAAGAUCACCAAGAUGAAGCGCUACCACGUCGCCAAGGUGUACAGGAGGGACAACCCGGCCACCACGCGCGGCCGCUACCGCGAGUUCUACCAGUGCGACUUUGACAUCGCCGGUCAGUUUGACCCGAUGAUUCCCGAUGCCGAGUGCCUGAAGAUCGUGCACGAGAUCCUGAGUGACCUGCAGCUCGGGGACUUUGUCAUCAAGGUCAAUGACCGUCGGAUUUUGAAUGGUGUGUUUGCUGUCUGUGGUGUUCCAGAGAGCAAGUUCAUACCUGCCUGCUGCACCGUGGACAAGCUGGACAAGGUGCCAUGGGAAGAAGUGAGGAGUGAGAUGGUGGGAGAGAAGGGGCUCUCUCCCGAGGCUGCGGAUCGCAUCGGGGAGUAUGUGCAGCUCCACGGUGGGCUGGAGCUGAUCGAGCAGCUUCUGCAGGACCCAAAGCUGUCCCAGAACAAGGUGGCCAAGGAAGGGCUGGGGGACAUGAAGCUGCUGUUUGAGUACCUGACCCUGUUUGGCAUCACCGGGAAGAUCUCCUUCGACCUGAGCCUGGCGCGGGGCCUGGACUAUUACACGGGGGUGAUCUUUGAGGCUGUGCUGCUGCAGCAGGAGAACGAGCACGUGGAGGAGCCGGUCAGCGUUGGGAGCGUGGCCGGGGGCGGCCGCUAUGACGGGCUGGUGGGCAUGUUUGAUGCCAAGGGCCGCAAGGUGCCCUGUGUGGGGGUCAGCAUCGGCAUCGAGCGCAUCUUCUCCAUCCUGGAACAGAGACUGGAGGCUUCUGGGGAGAAACUUCGAACAACUGAGACCCAAGUGCUGGUGGCUACACCUCAGAAACACCUGCUUGCUGCCAGAAUGAAGCUCAUCUCCGAGCUGUGGGAUGCAGGGAUCAAGGCAGAGAUGCUGUACAAGAAGGAUCCUAAGUUGCUGAAGCAGCUGCAGUAUUGUGAGGACACAGGGAUCCCCCUUGCUGCCAUUGUGGGAGAGCAGGAGCUGGCAGAUGGAGUUGUCAAGCUGCGAGAUGUUGCAACAAGAAAGGAGGUUGAUAUCCCCAGAGAAAAGCUUAUUGAUGAGAUCAGGAGAAGGCUGGAGCCCUGAGGACUUCCCUGGCUGGAGCUGCUUGGCAGAGCUGCUGCACCACUGGAGCCCUGCAGCUGCGGUCUGGGGACAUCCACUGCCCUGA